UGCCCCUAGUGCAGCACCUCGAGAAAUGAGCACAUACGGCAGUCCUGGAGCGCUGCCACAGACGAGGCCAACCCCGCCACAGCGAGGGAGCUUCCCCUUGGACCACGAUGGCGAGUGCAAGAAGGCCAUGACCAGCUACCUGGCCUGCAUGAAAAAGGUCCGCGGCGUCAAUGAAGACGAGUGCCGCAACCUGGCCAAGGCGUAUCUGUCGUGCAGAAUGGACAGAAACCUGAUGUUGCGGGACGACUUCAAGAAUCUCGGCUACCAAGAGCCUGGGCCGCCGGCAAAGGCCCCAGAGCCAGAAAAGGGCGUCAAAGGCGAACUCCGGUGGUAGCAAAAUCGAGUGGGCGCCCCCAUCGCCGCCAGACAGGCGUCCCCUAGUCGGCACGCAGCCAGCAUGGAGCGCAAAGGGGGAGGGAAAGCCAUUGGUCGUUCCCAUGGUGACAUUGCCCAGCCGUAUCUGUACAUAUUCUGGCGGCGAUCUGGAACUUUCCACGCCAGCUGUAUUAUAGCCCCCCCUGCUAGCAAAUCUCUUCUCUCCCUUUAUCGAGCCCUGUGCCGUAUUGUCU